AGGCAGGUUUGGAAAGCAUUGUCAAACACGCUGGGCUGCCAGACGGUACCGGAGUAGCAUAGACAGCUAGCCUCUUGGCUGAAGGCCAAGUUGAGGAAGUCUGACGUGGCAGCUGUACAGGAUGCCUCUAUACUGAACCACACGUCGCAAGAUGUCGAGCCUGGAUCGGCGGAAGCACCCUGGCGAGCGUGAAGAUGCUGAAUGUUGGGCGCAGCAGUUAUCGUGACAGCGUACGCCUGUGGCAGCAUGAGAAGAGGUACCAAGAGACUAAGACUGAACAUCUUGACUUGGACUUGUACCGAGCUUCUUCUGGGAGUGAGAAGUGAUCUGUCUUGACAAUGCUGCAGGGAGGCCAACGAGCUGAAAACUUGAAAAUUACCAACGACACGAUUUCGGGAGGUCAAUAUGCGAAAACAUGCUACCAAGCCAAUACCACCCUCAGCGAUUGCGCCUUGUUUCCUGUGCAGAGUCUACCUUACACCUCCACAAUGGUUGCAUGUCCUUUUGGUGCCGACCCAUCGGGCGAGAACUCUUGCAUCACUGGCUCUGGACAAGCGUUGCAAAUGGAUACUGGUUAUCUCGAUACCGAUCGAUACCUCGGCAUCAAUGCGGCACCCUCAAAUCGAGUUCUUCUGCGCAACGUGGUGACAUGCUCGCCACUACGUGUCAAAGAGUAUGUCCAACUUAUCAACAACACAGAUCCUGACUAUCCUUCGGUACAGUACAAUUUGGGUGCCAUAGAUGGUGUCAGUGGGUACACGUACCAAUAUCAAACCCACACGCGCGCAGACGUUGUGGGAUAUCAGAUAACGCCGGUCUAUGCUCUCGAUGGUGGUCAAACUUCCUGGUAUCCGGUGUCCGCGCUUAACGUGUCCAAUGCCGAUGUCAGUGCCCACUUUCUCAGCCAGAACAGCAUUCAGUAUCUGGCGUCGGUUGCAGAUCCCUGGCUGUCGUCCAACCAGUUGUUCAACGACUCCAGUUCGGCUAUCGACCUCGUUCUCUGGGGCCCAGACCAAUACGUGGACGUAAUGGCAUGCAUUGACCAGUACCAGCUAUGCAACCCCAACAGCUCUCCAUACGACUGCACCAUACUCGGAAGUGGGAAGGAUCUCCGCAACGGAUUCCUUGAGCUCGGGUUGAAUGCCUAUCAGCUGGUAACUGCGCGACGGCUUGCUCUUGCCCUAAUCUUGACAAGCACAUACCACACGGUCAAUGGUCUUGGUAGUACGGCACUCCUCGCCCGAGAUCGCGUGCUCGACUUCAUCAGUACAGGUCUCCCAGCCAACCAAUGGCAAAUUGAAAUGGAAGGCUGGUUCGCCACCUCGCUUGCCAAGCUGCAGGCCUACGUGGUCGAGUAUGCUGCCAACGUCGCCGACUUAGGACCGACAGGCUCAGUGGUUUCACCUGCACCGGGCAGCCAAAACGCAGAAGACCAGGCAGCAUUCGACCAGUGCUCCAACCAGCGUAUUCGGAACGUUGGAGGUUACCAAUCAUUCUCUUUCCUCGGUCUGAUGAUCGUCAUUUGUGUCGGCAGUACCAUUAUUCUACUCUCAUGGAUCGUGGAGCCGCUUCUGGGUAGUUUCCGCCGUUGGCGUGGCCUCGAUGGCAAGCACGACUACCGCGAAAUCGUGCGCAUCGCCGACCAUACACUUCAGCUGCAGCGCAAGGCUUUUCAAGGAGCUGGUUUUACAGAUGGUUGGGAUUCAGAACACCUGAUGGACAGUAUCCCAGUCACUGUACGGGAUACCUUGAUACCUGUAGCCACAAGGUACAAAGCCAACGGCGUCCAAGACUACCGAUACACGGAUGGCAGCGAUAACGACAGCAUUGGCUCUGAACAAGGCCAGCCUAUGGAAGAAAAUCGCGCCGCUCAAGUGCCAGUUCAACCACACAUCAUUCCUGCACGACCUGCUGUUUCUCGUGGACCGUCGAUGCAGCCGCUCUUACAGGACCAUAUCUAGGCACGCGACCACUGAGAUCCUUUCAGAUUACGAGAGGGUUGAAGACAUCAUAUGUGGGGAGGCCGGAAGAGUCUACGAGCGUUGGCGUUUAUGUUGACUUUGCGACUCAUUUCAAGUUUCUCUCAGCUAUGUUCUUGAGUGUUUGGAU